AUGUCACCAAAAGCACAGCCGCCGCGGGAGCUGUUUGCACCAUCUAGCGCCCAUAUUGCGCUGGCGAUUGCGCUCAUAAGAGCGAAGCCACCCGGUACCUCAGCCAGAGAUUAUGUUGUACAGCUACGAGACCAAGUGCGACCUGGCUCACCGGCAUCUGACCUCCCGGACAACGGACAAUAUCUCGAUCUUGUAGCAUAUUGGAAGGACCAUUGUCAGAGACUACAAGACGAGUGCGAUCAGUUACGACACGAGAACAGCAGACUCGAGCGUUCGAACCACUCGCUCACGAUUCGCACAAGCUGUACUCUGGAUGCUGCUCCUGUCAACGCUAUGAAUACUUCAAAGCGCAAGGGGCGUGCAGCUUCGCCGGCGAGAAACGCAAAGCGUCUCAAAGGAGACCAGUCAAUCGAGCGCUCCGUGGCAGAGACGCAGGAAGAGAUUGACCACGACAUGGAUUUUCUCGAUGGACUGGGGCAGGAAGGCAACAACCUUACCGAAGCAUUGUUCACGACCCACAAACUCUGUCGCACGUCGAAUCCGAAUGUUGAUACACUAUGCUUUACACUGGUCCGGACAGCAAACGCUUUAGGUAAGGUCAUACGGCUGGUCGCCCACAGACAUGGACAGCUCUCGCGUCAAGGGGUGCAAACAUCUGGAGCAGCGUCGCUGGACCAAGACAAGUCCAAAUUCGCGCUUGCCAUGACAAUCUGCGCUCGAGGUUUCAUGUCGGUACUUGUUGGCCUCACAAGGAUGACCGAAGCUACCGACGACACGCGACUCUCAAGCCUUGUUGUAUGCGAGUUGGCCGACAUGUUCAAGACUGUACUUGCUGCAAUCGAAUCGGUCGCACGACAGACAGCCCAGCAAGUACCAGCACUGGCAGCUGAGCCGAAGAAAGCGAAAGACAACGCGCCCGCGAAGGUCGUCAAGGAGUCUGUACCCGCUCGUGCCUUGGCUCACUUGCUCAUCGGUCUCCUCGGCUUUCUUGACAAGACCAACACAGUACACCAGCAGAUUUUCGACGGGUUCGUCUAUCUCCUACUCGAGCGCGUAGGUCGGCGGCUGUUCUAUUGCACGUUCGGUAGACAUCGUAGCAACUUGGUGGAGGGUGACAUUGAAUCGAUACCCGAACCGACAUCCCCAGAAGAAGUCCAGAAACGUGAGGUCGAAGCGCUGGGGACACAUCUCGAAGUCAAGGCCUUGAUCUUGGUUCUCGAGCGUGCGAUGGGCCUCGCGCCCAAUCACAUGAACACUCAAACAUCCAAUAUUAGCCGAAGUCAGAAAAAGCUAGGUCGUACUUUGAGUCUCAAGAACCUACCAGCCGCUUCGAGGGCUCGCUUGAGCCCUGUUGCUAAAGAACGACUCCAGCGGACACUUGUUGCCUGCAUGUAUGGUGACAAGGCCGACGAUGAGUUCCUUGAUGUUCUCACGAAGCCUAUGCCAUCGAUGCGACUCGGUAACUUGCAGAACGUGGCGAGGGUGGAGGACAAAGACGUGGAAGACUGGUAUAAGAAGGAAGUCUGGCGGCUUGUAGGCUGGGAUGUGCUUGCCAAGGGCAGCGGGUGGUCGUGA